CUCACACCACAUAUCUACCAUAUAUUUCCUUCUUUGCCAGAUUCACCAUGGCGAAGGCACGUACGAAGAAGCGCACUCAUGUCCGUGCCCAAAAUGCCUCGGCCGCGGCCGCCAAAGGCAGCGCCUCGUCCAUGAGCAAGACUCCCAAGUCGAUGGUUAUCCGUAUCGGCGGUUCGCAAGUCGGUUCGAGUGUCAGUCAAUUAGUGAAGGAUGUCCGUUUGAUGAUGGAGCCCGACACUGCUGUGCGACUGAAGGAACGUAAAUCAAACAGACUGAGGGAUUACACCGUCAUGGCGGGUCCUCUCGGUGUCACGCAUCUUAUGCUAUUCUCCAAGUCCGCUACGGGCAACACGAACAUGCGUCUGGCGCUUACGCCGCGUGGCCCAACACUCAACUUCAAAGUCGAGAACUACUCUCUGUGCCGGGACGUCGAGAGGGCAUUGAAGCGUCCGCGAGGCGGCGGCCAGGACCACAAGACCCCACCCUUGCUGGUGAUGAACAACUUCAACUCCCCGAAUGCAACCGAGGACGGCAAAGUACCAAAGCGCCUCGAGACUCUCACAACCACUAUCUUCCAAUCUCUUUUCCCGCCGAUCAACCCCCAAGCUACCCCUCUCUCCUCUAUCCGCCGUGUGAUGCUCCUCAACCGAGAACUCAAUUCUGAUGGCCAAGAAGAUGACUCUUACGUCUUGAAUUUGCGACACUACGCUAUUACUACCAGGAAGACCGGAGUUUCAAAACGCAUUCGCCGUCUGGAUCCUAAGGAAGUUCGUAAUAGGGAGAAGAGGGGCGUUGCUGUUCCUAAUCUAGGAAAGCUGGAAGAUGCUGCCGAUUAUCUUUUGGAUCCAUCAGCCGCGGGUUAUACCUCCGCUAGUGAAACCGAACUAGACACCGAUAAUGAGGUUGAGAUCGCAGAGAGCACAACGAAGAGAGUUCUAAAUAAGAGGGAGCUGCAGCGUAUGAAGGCUGGCGAGAAGGAGAAAGCUGAGAAGAAAUUGAAGGCCGCGCCAGAAGUGGAGAAGCGCGCGGUCAAGCUGGUCGAAUUGGGCCCCCGCUUGAAGCUGCGGUUGAUCAAGGUCGAGGAGGGUCUCUGCGACGGCAAGGUCAUGUGGCACGACUACAUCCAUAAGUCCGAGGAGGAUAUGAAGAAGCUGGAUAAGAACUGGGAAAAGAGAAAGAAGGAGAAGGAAGAGCGGAAGAGGCAGCAGAAGGAGAACAUUGAGAAGAAGAAGGCAGAGAAGGCCAAGGCCCGGGCUGAAGGCAAGGAAGUUGAGGACGACGAUGACGAGGAAAUGGAGGUGGAUGAUGAUGAUGAGGAUGACUGGCUCAGUGAUGAUUUUGAUGAAGAGGGCGCGGGCCAAGAAGGAGAGGAGGAUGAGGAUGAAUCCAUGGAGGAGUAAACGGAGCGUCAGUCUUGGUUCCUUUAUAUUUUCACGAAAAGCGACUUCUCGCGCUAUAUCAUGUCCCAAAGGCACGAGAAAUUAUAUGGAGGCCCCAGACCCGCCUUCGCUACCGUCUUCCGUUGUCGUUCAUGUGCACGGGUCGACUGGGCGAAGCCAGCAUUCACAUCCGCUCGGCUGGAUUAACGACAUAGAGGAUCGAGCCGGAUCUCCCUGGCUUUCGGAUUUGCUACCAAAGCCUUCGAAUAUCUUUAGCAGGAAUUGCGCGGAGACUGGGGGGGUCGGAGGGUUGUUACAAAUAGACCAUCAUUUAGGUGACCAGAUUUAUACCCUUUG